GCGCCAACCAUGGUCAGCAACUCAGCAUCCAGCCUCACUCCCAGCCUCCAGCUCGGCUCACGGCCUAUAUAUUCACUCACCCGCACCCACUCUCCACUAACCCUCUUCUGCUCUGCUCUGCUCCUCACAUCUCCAGCUCACACAACUCCGGACCGCCCACACACAGAGUCAGUGAGAGCUGCAAUGGCGAGGUGCGCCUUCUUGUCCCAGCCGAGGCUGGUGCUACUUCUGGCGGUUCUUGCCGAUGUGGUCGCCAUGGCGAUGGCCAGGCCGCUGCUGGGCGCCACCGCGGACGCGCCGACGCCGUUGCCGGCGGAGGGGCCGGACGGUGUGGCGCGGCCUGCCGGCGGGAGGCACGACCGGUCCAUCGCCGGCGCCGAGGUGAUCCUCGCCGGGUUCGCCGCGGCCGUCAUGGCCGUCAUCUUCCUCUACAUCCGGGUCACCAGGAAGAGCAACGACAGGGCAGCAGCCGGAAUGGCGGGGAAGGCUUAGAAGAGGAGCUCAGACGGUACUGUCUCUUUCUGUUUUGGGUUCUUGGGGUUCAGAGAGACUUGUAAAGAAGAUGAGAUGAGAUGGUCGGUAGAGUUUUAGUUAGAGUGAGCGCUCCAUGUGUGUGUGUGUGUGCGCGUGUGUGUGUCUCACCGUGGUAAUUAAACUGGAAAUCUGUAGUUUGUCAGGUACAUGUAUGCGUGGAGAACUUGGGAUUUGAGAAUGAGAUUUAGGGAAAACAACGAAACAUCGGCUGAGCUAGCACGGUUCUUAAAAAUCUCAAAUCGUGUA